GUUCACUCGCGGAUUGCAGUGAAGAAAUCCUCAGAUCAGUGAACCUUCACUGUGAUUUAUGAACUACUGCGAAAUGAAUUUAAGAAGUAUUUACGGAGAAAAAGGAUUGAUUUUAGUAUUUUAAGCUGGAAAUCAGCAGUUUGUGGAAUGAAUAUGGCGGGAAAGAGAUUAUGCCUCGGCUGGAAUCGGUUGCUUUUAUGUCUGCCCGUAGUUAUCUUCGUUCCCUAUUUGCUCUCAGUUAAGGAUCUCCAUCAACAAACGGAUUUGGAAAAUUUACAUAAAGUGAAACCGACAAAAUUCGAUCGCCUUGUUCUUGGCCCUGCUGCUGGCGAGGGACUUCCCGAUCGUUUGCAAUGCCGAGGUUGUACUUAUUAUCAGUGCACAAACUAGUGGUUUGAAUUGAAACUUAGAGGAAAGUAAUGCUUAUUAGUGUGUUUUGAAUUUGAUUGGUUAAAUAUUGUUUGUCGCGUAAAUUGCAUUUGGCGCAGUUGCUGGACCUGAACUCCACAUUAUCUUCUUAACAGCCAAUGGUUUUGCCAUAAUAUUCCUUUUUACCUUGAUAGUACUGGCAACCUCAUCUUUAAAGAAAUGCCUUGUUCUAUAUGUUGAGAUUUUGUACAGUUGUCUGGAUACUGUAGUAGUUCAUUUUUUAAACUCGUACCAUAUUAAGGAUGUCUGGUCUUUUCCUCUCUCCUUUGCUGACGAUCAUUGGCUGUAAGUGUUUUAUAUCAAACAGUUGCCAGUUCAUGGAUAUAUGAACUUAUUUUGUACAAACUCAAGUUUCAGUUAUAGUUAAAACACAGUUAGUUCCCCUUCAUAUGAUAAUUCUGCUAAGGGGUUAACCUGAAAUGUUUGCAGGGACAAAGGCUCUUAGCAAGAUGCAAUUUGGAACAUCCAUUAACAGGUCUCACUCAAUGGAUGGUGUAGAUUUUGUCACUGUUUUUACUACCUACAACUCCACUGUUGAGAGUAGACCAGUUGAUUUGGUAACUGUUGGAAACGUGUCGUAUAACAAAGUGGAGAGAUCAAUGGCCAUUCUCAGUGCUUUCAUAAAUUUCAUUCAGGUUACCAUGCCUCAAAGCAAUGUUAUCAUUCUUACUGACCCCGCCUGUGACCUUUCACUGCAUAGAGACAUGGUUACUGUACAACCGAUACCAGGUGAAUAUUCCCGAGACAAGUUGAUGCUCCAAAGAAUCAGGUCUUACAUUGCCUUCCUAGAAGCAAAGCUCGAGAAGCUGACUCAAAAGCAGGAGCAACUCGCUCAUUUCAUUUUCACGGAUUCUGAUAUAGCUAUAGUGGAUGACCUAGGACGAAUAUUUACCGACUAUCCUAAUUUUGAUGUGGCUCUCACCUUCAGAAACAACAAAGAGCAACCUCUAAAUUCUGGUUUCAUUGCAGUAAGGGGAACUCCUGAGGGGAUUAAAAGGGGGAUGGCUUUCUUACACGAUGUGCUGGAAGCUUAUACUUCAAGAUUCAUGAGAGCUUCCCGGAUGCUUGGAGACCAAUUAGCCCUUGCGUGGGUUUACUAUUUUUGCCAUGCUCAACGUAUAACUGGACACCACCCGAAGGUGCAGGUCAGUUUCACGGCAUGCCAUUGGAUGUGA